CCCUCCCAUACUAUAGCAAUGGCUCCAUCCAAGAUCUUUUAUCUCGGGUGCUUAGUUUUGGUGUUGGCCAUCGCGGUAGAGGCAGCAAGUACUCCUCCAGGAAUUGCUAAAAAUCCUUCAAGAGCAUCAUGUAACAAAAAAGAGUACAAGAUGUGCUAUAACCUAGAGCAUGUUUGCCCUAAAUUUUGUCCUGAUAGUUGUGAAGUUGAUUGUGCAUCUUGCAAGCCUAUUUGUUCUUCUACUCCAUCAAGUGAUGAGCAUAGAUCAUCUUCUGGAUCAUCAUCUUCUUCAUCAUCUUCAUCCUCAUCCUCAUCAUCAUCUGCAUCUUCGGCUGCAGCUGCUGCUGCUGCCGCCGCUGCAUCAUCAUCAGCCUCUUCAUCAGCUUCCUCUGCUGCUUCAUCUGCCUCUUCAUCAGCUUCCUCUGCUGCCUCAUCAGCUGCCGGAGGAUCCUCUUCAUCUUCUUCCUCCCCCUCAUCAUCAGGAGGAUCACCACAAAACUCUCAUCAUUCGUCCUCUCACAAUUCAUCAUCUACCCCAUCAAACUAUUACCCAACACCUUCAACACCAUCUCCUAAGCCAUCAACCCCACCUACUCCAAAACCAUCAACUCCAACAAAACCAUCUCCUUCUACCCCUAAUACUCCAACUACUCCUUCAACACCUUCAUCUCUUCCUACUUCUAAUGUCGACUCUAGAAAGAGAGCUAAGUGUAGAAACAAGAACUAUGGACAAUGUUAUAAUCAAGUACAUGUCUGCCCAGCUAACUGCCCUACUUCAUGUCAAGUUGAUUGUGUCACUUGCAAGCCCGUUUGUAAUUGUGAUUAUCCAGGAGCAGUAUGUCAAGACCCUCGAUUCAUAGGAGGAGAUGGUAUCACCUUCUACUUCCACGGCAAGAAGGAUCAACAAUUUUGCCUUGUGAGCGACCCCAACCUCCACAUCAACGCACACUUCAUAGGAAAAAGAAAUGAAAACAUGGGUCGCGAUUUUACUUGGGUUCAAUCCAUUGGAAUCAUGUUUGAUAACCACCGUCUCUUCUUAGGUGCAAGGAAAACCUCUACAUGGGACGAUGCCAUUGACCGCCUUUCAUUAGACUUUGAUGGAGAACAAAUAUUCCUAGAAGAAACCCUAGGGUCUCAAUGGUCAUCCACUUCUAUGCCACAAGUUACAAUAACUAGGGCAAGUGAAACAAAUGACAUUGUCGUCGAAAUCCAAGGUAAACUCAAGAUCACGGCUAAGGUUGUACCUAUUACCGAUGAAGAGUCUAGGGUACACAACUAUGGAAUUACUAACGAGGAUCGGUUUGCUCAUCUUGAUCUCGGGUUUAAGUUUUACUCUUUGACCGGAAAGGUUGAUGGUGUUCUAGGAAAAACUUAUAGGGAUGAUUAUGUGAGCCGAGUGAAUAUGAGAGCAUCCAUGCCGGUUAUGGGAGGCGAAAGAGAGUUCGCAAGUAGUAGCAUUUUUGCCACGGAUUGUUUGGCUUCGAGGUUCGUUGGUAGUCAAGAAGAGACUUCAUUGGAGACCAUGGAUCUUGCUAGCAUGAAUUGUGCUAGUGGGAUGAAUGGGCGUGGUGUAGUUUGCAAGAGGUAAUUAUUAACUUAAAAUGUAUUCAUUUCAUGAAUAUUUAUAAGUAAAACUUUUAUUUACUUAUACAAAUCAAUAAAAUUUAUACACAAGGUUGAAAGCCUUAAAGAUUAUUCAAUUUUUUAUAUGUAUUUUUGUAUUAUUUGUAAUAAGAAUCUUCAAUUUGCAUUGUAAGAUGGCUAUACAAGUAUAA